CUCCACCACUCAUCCCUUAAUCAUGUCCCUAUCGUAUAUCUGACGUUCUCUGGCGCAUUUCUAGCGAGUUCUUGUGUCUUUUUAGCAGCGAAUAAGCCACACCGGCGUUUGCACCCAUUGCGCCGUGGAUCACGUGAGCGAGACAACGAUCACGAUCCCUCCGGUCUCCCAUCCCCCGCACCAUGGACGAGCUCCCGGAUGUCGAGACGCUCGUCUCGGGCCUGAUGUCGCAAUCGGAAAGCGCGCGCAAAUACGCCGUCUUCCGCCUACAAAGCUUGCUCGGCGACCCCGACUUCGCCGAUGCUUUUAUGCAAGGAGAUGGAUUGUUGGCGUUGAGGGAUGCGGUCAUGCAGACGUCCGGCAAUACACAGGCAUAUGCGCUGGGGAGUUUAGACCGGCUGCUAGAGUUGGACAUGGGGUGGGAGUGUGUGGAUAUUCACGUCAUUGAGAAGGCAGUGUCGCUGGCCAUUGAUCAGCAGCUGGUCAACAUCGUGCGCAACGCGUUGACGCUCUUAGUACAUGUCGUCUCCCGACCAUUGAGUGGAUCACAGAAGGAGAGCUCUGGGCUGUUUGGCUUUCGCGCGGUUAAACCGGCUUUGGACCACCAUCCCGAUUUCCUCGAGUCUUUGGUGCUGCGACUGAGCGCUUCAGACCACACCCUGUGCGCCAAUGCGUUGCAACUAAUCAAUGCCCUUCUUCGCGACGCGAUCGUUAAUGGUGGGACGCACGAAUGGCCGCGAUUCAUCAAAAGACUACAAGAUCUGGGUGUGAUUGGAGGGGUCGGGCUCUUAAUGCGCGGUGAUGCCACUACGGACGCCGGCAGCCCCCUUGCGGCUGCCAUCCUCGAGUUCCAAUGCCUCACCAUGCUCUUGCUGAAGAAAUGGAAAGAGGCUGCAGUCCACGUGGAGAUGCACGAGCACAAGAAGGCUUUGAAAACCAUUCAUCUUCUCAGUAGGCCAGAGCCAUACAACCCACCCGAGCCGAGCGAAGAGAACCCGCGGAAGCCCGCUCGAAAACACCACCCGGAGAAAUGGCGACGCCUCGGCUUUGAAACGGAAAGCCCGGCGUGGGAAUUCGAGGAAACGGGCUAUCUUGGAAUGAUGGACCUCGUGGACUUUGCCAAGCGGAACGAGGACCAAUACCACAAGAUCAUCCUCGAGCAGUCUGUUCAUCCCUUGCGCCAGCGAUGUCCGCUCGCCAGGGCCAGUCUUAGCGUGACUCUAAUUCUGUAUGAGCACUUCGACAUCGAGGCAAUGGCGGACGAGUUCGAGCACGCAGGCCGUCGCAACGAUCUGCAGAGACGUGUCUUGGAAGCUCAGGACGAAGGGACGAUCGAUCGGUUAUAUCGGCCGCUGCUCUUACAAUGGGCGCGCUUGCACACCGCGGCGCUCAAUACCUGGCUCCGGAUUUGGAAGGCAUCCGGCGCGGACAUGGACGAUUUCUACAAGGUUGAAGAGGCGAUCCGAAUCAUCGUCGAACGAAUUGUGGGCGCGACUACACGGAGAACGGAGGUUGCAAAGGUCGAGGACGAGCUCAGAACCGUGACCCUGGAGGAGGCGCGCCGAUGGCAAAUCGAAGGUCUCGACGAGGUGUACGAAGACGCGUGGGGUCAUCAUCUGGGCCAAGUUCGCGAGCAGCUGCAUCUCGAGAGCUUACAAUUCAUGAAGGAGCAGAGGAUACGUCGGCUGUUGCAGGGCUCGUGGUUCUCGACUUCCGCAGCGGGCAACGCAGGAUGGCGCUUUGUGCGACUGAACCCUAACCGCCGAUGGCUGCAUUAUGGCCAAUACCCCUCGCAUGGCGCAAACACGCCUGCGUUGGACGAGCUCACGGAGAAGAUUGAUCUCAACUUUGUCACGUCCGUGGACAGCAACGUGUCUCCGCCCGAGAAACCGGCGCCACUCACCAACGGCAGCAACGGCAGCACGGAGACAUUGACCGCGAAGCAGAGAAAGUCACAGCCGACGACCAAAGUGACCAUCAUUGGCCACCACCCCCCGUCCAAGACGUACAAGCUCACACCCGUCCAGUCCGAGCCGGUGGAGACGCCGCUGCUGGAGCUCUACCCGCAGGCGUCCUGGGUGGCGUCGGAGUGGCUGGACGGGCUGCUUAUGCUCCUGGACCAGCAGCCUAUCACAAAGGACACGACGAGACUGGUGGAGAUGAUGGAGGAUUGGGGCGUGCGGCUGCGCAUGUUGAAUUUGAGAUGGGAGGACGUGGACUGGCAGGCCAUGGAGGAGAGGGCGAAGGGUGGGGCUGAGGCGGGCAACAGGAAGGUGCCGACGAGGGAGGGACUGGACGAUGAUUAUUGGUAUGCUUUACCGGAGACUUGAGUCUACCAUGAGGCUGCGGUUGUCCGUCCUUGACAGGAUGGAGAGGGUUCUUUGCGCAAAAUAGCACGUGGAGCACAGAAAAUUGGGCUCGGCCGAGCGUGCCGUGCAACCCAUUUACAGGGCACGGCUUACCGUAGGGCUGGCGGUGGGAAGCCUGGAACACUCACGCCUAUCAGGAUGACGAGUACACAGCCAUUUCAUCCAGGCCAAUCAUGGUGCCCCCAAGUCUGCGGAUCCGGCUGCUUUCCGCACAUGGGAGG